GAAGAUGGCGGAUUUUGGAGAGAUUCUCCAGAGUACAGGAGAGUUUGGAUUGUUUCAGAAGAUCACUCUUCUUGCUCUUUGCCUCCCAAAUGUUAUUCAGCCUUUUCACUUUGCCAGUGUAUUUUUCAUCCAGUCCGAUCCAGAGCGACACUGUAACACAGACUGGAUCCUUCAGGCGGACUCCAACCUGACCACAGAUGAGCAGCUGAACCUGACUCUGCCCCGCGAGGAGGACGGGACCUUCAGCAGGUGUCAGAUGUUUCUCCCUGUGGAAUGGGACAUCGGCGCCAUCAGGGAGUACGGACUCAAUGAGACCACAGGGUGCCGGGAUGGAUGGGUGUACUACGACACACUGUAUGAGGCCACCAUAGUCACUGAUUUUGAUCUAGUUUGUGAGCAGGCUAAUUUGUUGGAAGUGGCACAAGCAGUGUUGAUGGCUGGCAUUCUCUUUGGUUGUCUCUUAUUUGGACCUUUUGCUGAAUCGUUCGGUCGUAAACGGGCAGCUCAGAUUCCAGUCAUUGUGAUGCUGAUAUUUUCUCUCACAACUGGAUUAUGUCCCAACUUCUAUUUAUAUUUGGCAUCCCAGUUCAUGGCGGGGAUUGGCGUUGGAGGUUUCCGACUGAACGGUGUCAUAUUGGCCACUGAGUGGAUCGGGCCUUCCAAAAGAUCGUGGGGGGCAUGUGUGGCUCAGCUAUUUGGUGCAGGUGGCAAUGCCGUCCUGGCUGGUGUCAUCUACUUCAUCAGAGACUGGAGACUGGCUCAGCUAAUCACAGCAGCUCAACUUGCAGUUGUUGCUAUUUACAUAUGGUUUAUUCCAGAGUCAGCCAGGUGGCUGUUGGACAAAGGAAGGACAGAAGAGGCUAAACAGCUGAUUGUCAAAGCGGCAGCCAUCAACAAACGCACUGUUCCAGACUCUCUGCUGGAAAAGAUUGUUAAGAAAGAAACUGAGAAAAAGGGAGGCAUAAUAAUACUUAUCCAAUCCUCUGUGCUUAGGAAGUAUUUCUUUACCUUAAUACUGGCAUGGUUCUCAUUGAAUCUCACCUACUACUGCCUUUCUUUCAAUGUGGGAAACCUUGGUUUGGACAUCUUCCUGACGCAGCUCAUGUUCGGUCUGACUGAAGUACCAGCUCAUAUCCUUUGCAUCUGGCUGUUGGAGGUAAUGGGGAGAAAAGUGUCCCUGAUGGCAACUCUCCUGAUUGGAGGAUUCUUGUGCGUCCUGAUCCUCGCUGUUCCCCAAGGUGACGCUGUUGCUGUGACCACCUUAGCAAUCUCAGGACGUUUUUUCAUAAACUGGGCAGGAUCCAUAUGCAACGUGUAUGUUCAGGAGCUGUUCCCCACGUCUUUUCGGCAAACGGCCUCUGGUUUGUGCUCCAUUGCAAGCAGAGCUGGUGGCUUGCUGUCCCCAUUGCUCAACAUCUUGGCUCUGUACCACUGGUCCAUACCCAUCAUCGUCUACAGCAGCCUCACUCUGACCAGUGGGGCUCUCAGCUUCCUGCUCCCUGAGACCAGGAGGAAAGAGCUUCCUGAUUCAACCCAUGAGGCCGAGGGCAACAGAAAAAAGAACCCCCUGAAGAACCACAGUGAAUCAAACGAGCCUGCCCGAGUCACAUCCACACAGCUGUAGUCUGAUUACUUCUAUUUCUGGGGUUGCUCUGCUGGCAGCAGGGACUCGGGAUGGUGAAUGUGUAUUGGUCAGUCAGCUGUGGUCCAUCCUCCAGCAGCUACUGGCCUCAUCCUGGUGACGUUUGAUGGAGAUGUUCCUCUUUGAGUGGCUUAGCGUUCCUGCAGCAUUUCCACGUGCACAAGAAAUAUCACAUUGUAAUCGGUAGAUUGACACUCCAUUGUUUUUCCUGUGGCGCCAACUUCAGGUCAAAUAAGCA